AUGAACGCAAAUGAUACCGGAAAUGGAACAGAACUCGAUUUUUUACAUGACGACUGUCAAAAUCACAUUUCAAAAAACGAGCUUGAAGAAUUCCGCUGGUUCGGCAUCAUCAUUGGAAUUCUGGACAUCGUGGUUGGCGGAUUUGGCAACGGGCUGACAAUUGCGGCGUUUUUGACAAACAAGAAGCUUUGGAGUACCUUCAACAUUUUCAUUGUCAAUCUGAGUAUUAUUGACUUCCUAACGGCGGUUUUUAUGAUGCCUCUGCAUGUCGUUGGAUAUGUCCUCAUGGAAUGGCCCUUUCCUCAAUGGAUGUGCGCUUUUCAGGCUUACAUCUAUUUCUGUUGUGGGUACACCAGUGUCGUUUGUUUAGUUGCAAUCACGCUCAAUAGACUCGUCGGCAUUGUCUACCCUCUUCAUUACAAGCGUUUCUUCAGCUCAUGCCGUACCUCGCUUGCCAUUGUGUUCUGUUGGUUCGUGGCACCUCUUUUUCUUCUUCCGUUUUUGAUCUUCUCCAACUCUGAUGGGACUCAGAUGAUGGGUUGGCGCGAAGAUCAAUUACUAUGUACAUUUACAAAUCUUGAGCCAAAAUUCGAGCUUUACAUGAAAUUGAUGAGAGUCUUAUUCCAAUUUGUACCCGCCUGUAUUAUGAUUGUUUCUUACACAAUCUCCGUUUGGGAUGUCUCGAGGACAUCAUCAAAUCAACUUCUGAAACCUCCAACACUUCAGGCAGAUAAAAGUCGCCGAACAAGCCGCAAAUCAAUGGACAAAUCUCCUUCGCACUCCUUUUCUGAAAGCAGGCAAAGGAGGAAAAACAACUGGCGACUGCUUCUCAUUUCAGUGCUUAUGUGCUCAGUGUACUCAAUGCUCUUCAUUCCAUCCGUGGUGAUAAACCUUCUUCCCAACAAAGGAUGCCUCGACCCGAGACUCCAUAUGACGUGCAGCUUUAUCACUUGGCUCAAUUCUUGUGUCAAUCCAAUUUUGUACUGCCUUCUUUAUCCCAGAUUUCAAGCUGAAUAUCGACGACUUCUACGCAAAGCUACUCAUUCGUAA